GAUGGAUGGAGGAGGUGGAGGGUUGAUAAACUGAGUCGCAGCAGUUCUGACUCUCACUUCUGUCCUGCCCCCCUCCCCACGUCCCAGCAGGCCCUGCACUGCCACGUGUGAGUCGGUGUCGUAGAGUCGUUGCUCGCCCACAGCGCCCCCUGCAGUCAUGUGUGAUGAUGAGGAGAGCACCGCUCUGGUCUGUGAUAAUGGAUCUGGUCUCUGUAAGGCCGGGUUCGCCGGAGAUGAUGCCCCCAGAGCCGUCUUCCCCUCCAUCGUGGGCCGGCCCAGGCACCAGGGGGUGAUGGUGGGUAUGGGACAGAAGGACAGCUACGUUGGAGACGAGGCUCAGAGUAAGAGAGGAAUCCUGACCCUGAAGUAUCCCAUCGAACACGGCAUCAUCACCAACUGGGAUGACAUGGAGAAGAUCUGGCAUCACUCCUUCUACAACGAGCUGCGAGUGGCUCCAGAGGAACAUCCCACCCUCCUGACUGAAGCCCCACUCAACCCCAAGGCCAACAGGGAGAAGAUGACCCAGAUCAUGUUUGAGACCUUCAAUGUCCCCGCCAUGUAUGUGGCCAUUCAGGCCGUCCUGUCCCUGUACGCCUCCGGACGAACCACAGGUAUCGUCCUGGACUCUGGUGAUGGCGUCACCCACAACGUGCCGAUCUACGAGGGUUACGCUCUGCCUCACGCCAUCAUGAGGUUGGACCUGGCGGGACGUGACCUCACCGACUACCUCAUGAAGAUCCUCACCGAGCGAGGCUACAGCUUCGUGACCACCGCGGAGAGAGAGAUUGUGCGGGACAUCAAGGAGAAGUUGUGUUACGUGGCUCUGGACUUCGAGAAUGAGAUGGGGACGGCGGCGACCUCGUCCUCUCUGGAGAAGAGCUACGAGCUUCCUGACGGGCAGGUCAUCACCAUCGGCAAUGAGAGGUUCCGCUGCCCUGAGACGCUCUUCCAGCCCUCCUUCAUUGGUAUGGAGUCAGCUGGUAUCCAUGAGACAACCUACAACAGCAUCAUGAAGUGUGACAUCGACAUCCGUAAAGACCUGUACGCCAACAACGUGCUGUCUGGAGGAACCACCAUGUACCCGGGUAUCGCCGACCGCAUGCAGAAGGAGAUCACAGCGCUGGCCCCCAGCACCAUGAAGAUCAAGAUCAUUGCCCCCCAGAGAGGAAGUACUCAGUGUGGAUCGGCGGCUCCAUCCUGGCCUCCCUCUCCACCUUCCAGCAGAUGUGGAUCAGCAAGCAGGAGUACGAACGAGGCCGGACGCUCCAUCGUCCACGCAAGUGCUUCUAAGAGAUCCACAUGUCCUCACAGCUCACUGUCAGUGCUGAUGACACCACUGACCACAAGUCUGUCCAAACAACAUGGCGUCAGUUUCCUCUGA